AUGUGGAACUGUUGCAUGGAUGUUGGCCAAGAGGACGAGCAACACGAGGUCGUGGCGAAAUCGCCCAACAACCUGGCAGCCAACGAAAGUCCCCGUGGGGGAGACGAGUCCACGAGCCUUUCUCCGAGGCUGGCGGCGACCAAGAAGCGGCCGUCCAUAAAGUCUUCUGCUGGUCAGGGGGGCAGAAGGGAAGUGCAUGAAGUCCAUGAAAACACCGCUGAACAUCUUGAGUGGCUCAAUAUGUCAUUGAAGCACCUGUGGCCAGAGCUGAGCGAGGCGGCGGCGACGGUGGCAUAUAGCAAAAUCCUCCCCAUCCUGCGUCAGAAGCUCCUGACGAAGGGCAAGGGAAAAAUCACCGGUGUGGAUUUCUCCAACUUCUCACUCGGCUCGGUGCCAGUGGUCUUGGGACCAGUGCAGGUCUCGAGAAUGCCGAAAGGUUCCGUCCGCAUUCGUAUGCGACUAGACUACAGCUCCGACAUGGAGGUCGGAGUUAGUUUAGACAGCACACUUGGUAAAUGGACGUUCGGCAUGAAAGACUUCAGGAUAUUGGGGCAACUCGUCUUGCGCGUGCGCCCGCAUAUUCCUGAUGCCCCAGGGACUGGAGGAGUGUCAGUCUUCUUUGUGGAUCCGCCAAAGGUGGACUUCAGAUUCGCAGGAGACAUGACGAUUGGAAACUUUCCAUUCAUCAAGGAAAUAAUGCGCCAGCUCGUCGAUGCGAUGGUUGCUGAUAUGUUUGUCUUGCCCAAUGUGGCAACGCAGCAUAUGAGUUUGCAUGACAUGAAGAUGUACCCUCUCGUCAUUGCAAGCCCGGUGCCAGUCGGGAUUUUGCGGGUAACUUUGGUGGAGACCGCCUUGGACGAAAGAGCCAUCGCAUUGCCGGAGGACCAGCAGCCCAAGAAGAAAAAGGCUGCAGGCUUUUUUUCACGUCUGCUGGGUCUCAGUGGCAAGGCCGUCCAAGCCGUCUCCAACGGAAUGGAGAAUGCCGAGGAGUGGGUGGAAAGGCAUGUGGGCCAAGUCAUGGGUAUUGAAACCGCUCCAUACAUGAGGUGGAAAAUCGGGAACCAAGUUUGGCAACCGGAUUUUCGCGCCACAGGUGCAGAGAGUUUCAACUUCGUGAUCUAUGACCCUGAGCAGCAUCUGACCGUCACCCUUUGGGAUCGCGACCUCUUGAGUCAGGACGACCUCAUGGGCGAAGCCAAGACCGUGGCGGCAGUCAAGGCAGUGCAUCUCUCUGAAACUGCAGUGCCCCUCAUAUGUCCAGGGGAUCACUCGGAAGAGACCCGGCAAGCCGGAACCUUCACCGCGAAGAUCGAGCUGCUGAUCACUGCGCCUGGUCAUCAAUCCCAAGAAGGAUUUGUUUGCGUUGUGCGUGUGCGGGAGCUGCUGCAGGCGGGUUCGAAGAUAAAGGGUCGUCGACUCGCGGUGCGGGCAAAAUUCAAGGACGAGUCGAGCAUCACGAAGGCAGGUACGCCGAUGUUAGACAUCACGGAGACUUUGCCAGCAAAAGAAAUGCUACAGAAGAUCAAGGACAACAUGACAGAUGCAGGUGUCGAAGUCGAAAAGAUAGAUCAGGUCUUGGACCUGACAUCCUUGCGAAGCUCGCGCUUUGCGAUCAAUAGAUCCCUGCAUUUUGUGAUCAAGAAUCAAGAUGCGGAUACAGAGGACCUCAUCCUCGACUUAGUAGACAUGGCCAAGUUGGACGAGAUGAAAAAGGAGGCGAAGAAGAAGGGUGUUUUCGGCAACACCUCGCCGGCGUCCAAUACGAACCACAUCGAAGAGACGCGAGGGGACGAAGUUCUGGCGACCUUGACAGUGAAACUCUCGGAUGUCCGAGCUUCAAAAGGUCUCGCCUUGCCUGGCCCCUUCUUUUUCGAGAGUGAAGAGCUUGGCAAGAUCGAAGCGAAGAUGUUCGUGGGAUUGAGCGGCUUGGAACCGACCACGACGGAGAUCAUUGAAGAAAUGAGCGCGGACGAUGUCAUGGCGGAGAUGGACUUAGUUUCCAGCUGA